UAAUUAGACGGCACAUAGAAGAGUCUUGAUUGGAAAUUGGACUGUCACAAUGAAAAUGGACUGUCACAAUGAACAUUAUUCGUGAAUCAUCUGUCAAUUUGUUUCUUAACUAUUCAAUGAGUUGUUUAUUCCAAAAAUGCUGACAAUUGUGAACAUUUUCAAUCGUGUCAGUUGUGUCGAGGAGCAAAGACACCACUAGAUAUUCAUUUCAAAGAAGCAACAAAAUCAAAAAUCAGAACAAAAAUAAGGGGAGUAAUCUAUUAUCAAUAUAAUAUUUUGAUAAGUUUUUUUGUAAAUGAUUAAAAUGUUUUAUUUUUGUUGCCUAAUCAGAAACCAUAAUCUCAGUCAGGACCCAAAGAGGCACAGCAGUUAGCCUUUUACGUGUGUACAUUUUAAAAAGUAAGUUAAGUCAGAAAUAGUCAGAAAUGUUAUGCAUGCAUUUGAUAUUGUCAUGAUUUAUAUUGUGAAUUUCCCACAUAAAUGUAUUUAUAUUAUAUUACCUGCUUUUAUUACAUUACUGUUACACUACUAUUCUCCCAUUUUGUCACCCAGCUGUUGGAAAAAUGUUUGUGUAAUUUAUCUAGUGACCACAUGGUGUCGCCAUAGUAAAAGAUGAGGCAGUCCCCUGGUGGUUUCUGGAAGACGCCAAGGAAGAAUGAAACAUACCGUUUUCUGUUAAAUAUUUAAUAAACCUGCCAUGUCCUGUGAAGCACGCUCUAGUGUGGGCUGAUACAACCGGAAUACCUCUUUUUAUGAUUGCCCCUUGUCAAAUCUACACGUACAGCGGUUGAUAAUGUGGACUGUAUGGAUGCUGAGGAAGGCUGUCGUUAUCGCUACCGGCUGAGUUCAGUGGUAAAGAACGACAAAUAGCCACUGGUGUGUUUGCAAAACACGCCCUCGACGCUCUCAUACAGUAACAAAAUAAAACUUCACAGAGACUGUGCGCGAAGAGGCCUGCCAUAUGUGCUCUUUCAAGAAGAGAAGAUGGCAUUGCUUGUGUUUUUUUCGCUCCUAUGCCUGUCCUGCUGGGUCUGUUUCUACUUCACCCUGUGUAAUUUUAACGGGUCCAGGAGCUAUGAGUGGAACUGUCGCCUUGUCACCCUGGUACAUGGCAUCCUGGCAGUCUGCAUAACAGCAUACAUAGGCUAUGUGGAUGGACCAUGGCCUUUCACUUAUCCAGGUACUAAGAACACCCCACUGCAGAUAAGUGCCAUGGUGGUGAGCCUGAGCUACUUCAUUUUUGACAUGGCCUGGUGUGUGUACUUUCGCACUGAGGGACCAGUUAUGCUGGCCCACCACACCAUGAGCAUCCUGGGAAUCCUCUUGACCCUGUGGUUGGGGGAGUCUGGCAUCGAGUCGUGCGCGGUGCUCUUUGGCAGCGAGAUCACCAACCCACUCCUGCAGGCACGCUGGUUCCUCAAACAGACAGGACACUACAGGUCACUGCUGGGGGAUGUUGUGGACGUCUUGUUUGUGCUGCUGUUUGUGGUGAUGCGAAUCUUUGUGGGAGGCACAAUGCUGUACUGUGAGCUGAUCUCGCCGAGACCCAGAUUCUUUAUCAAGUGUGGGGGCGUGGCCAUGUACGCUCUAUCCUGGGUGUUCAUGGUGGACAUUGUUCGAUUUGCCAUGCGGAAAAGAAAGAGCUGGCACAAACAGAAGAUGGAACAGCUCGAGCCAGUGACAGCUAAUGGUCAUGAAGGAAAGAAGGACUGAUACCAUUGUUUUAGACACGCAAGGAAAAGGGCAAUGAAAGGUAGUGUUUUGUAUUUUCAGCUGAGAUUUUUUUUAAUUUAUAAUAUAGUCGUCUCAGCAUUGCUGCUAAAUGUUAGACUAAAAGGUGCUCAGAGAGAGUACAUGUCAGCCAGCACUGUAAUAUGGAUCUUACCCCUGAUCUGCAUCAAAUUUAAUCUGUUCCUUCAGUUUAGUCCUCCGCAUAUAUCUGCAUUGAGAAAGUGAUUAACUUUUUUCAAAAACACCCAGUAACAACCUUCUUCUUACACCUUACUAUAUGAAGUAAGUGCAAAAUAUUCCUGUAUCCGCCUCCUUAAUCAGAUCAUUUCUUAAAGUGAAUGUGUUCUUCCCUCAUCCUCAGAACAUACCCCACCCUCCCACCAAGUUUUUGCCUAGUCCUGCUAAUAUUCAGACAAAAUAGACAACCAAACAAUGAAAACAUUACCUCCUUGGUGGAAGUAAUUACUAUGUAAUGGGAAAGGUGAAGAAACCAAAGCAUUUUAUAUCAACACAUCGGCCAAAAUGUUGCUGUUUGCAGUGAACUGUUGCCAUGUAGUGUCUGUAAGGUCUUUAUUAGGAAAUAAAUAUUAGUUUAUGUCCAUGUAACAUUUUUAGUUACAUCAAAGGUUUUCAGAUAGAUUUUUUUGGAAUGUUUGUUUGUUGUUUUUCUUUUGUCUUUUUGUUUAAACUGUUGUUGUUCUCAGGGAGAUUAGUUAAUACUGUAGCUUUGGUGGCAGUUCCAGAGAAUUGUGUGUGAUGUGCGUAAUUUCUGUGUUAACAUUUGUUUGAUUUUAGUCUGUCCUGUGCACUUUUUUCCUCCUGUCUGAAACUUGGAAAAAGGUACAGAAAAUCACACUUUCUGCCUCUAGACAGUUGCCGUUGUCUAUCGUUUUAUCCUCCACAUGAGGGUCGCCGGGCUGAUGGUGUCCAAUCCCACCUGACACAGAGCAAAAGGGGGGGGGUGCACCCUGAACAGGUGCCAAGAUAGUUGAGUCAGAGGAGCUAUGAGCUAUCUGCACAGUUUACUGAUCUUCCGUCUGACUUUUGUUGCACUAAUAUUAUUGAAAGACAGCACCUGCAACAUUUGAAUAUGUGGUUAAAGCACCAUUGCAUGCAGUCAAGCAAGUCGGACCAUCCUUUUUUUUUUGUCCACCAGAAUG